AUGCGGCUGCCGCGCGCGGCGGCCCAGCUGCUGCCGCCCCCGCGCCGGGCCGGGGCCGCACCGGGGCCGCGGCGAGCGGCCGCCCGGGCCGCGGGGCAGCUGGAAAAUAAAACAAAAGGGAAACUUCAAAAGCAGAUUUGUCAAGUCGUUCUGGAUCAUUUUGAGAAGGAGUACACAACAGAACUGGGAGAUACAUGGACCGGUGUCAGAGAUGUACUCACACACCCGUUGUGCUGGCAGUAUGCGGUCCUGCUUAACAAGUUCAGCCAGUCUGCUGAACUGGAGAACACCUUGCAUGUAAAGGGGUAUCAUCCUGCCUUCCAAGGACCUCUGCCCUAUCUUCCGGCAUCGUUGAAGUGUUACAUCAAGAGAACUCCUGGGCGAUUCCCUGCACAAAAACACCAGGCUGGUAAACUGAAAGAGUAUUAUCUGCUGAAUGCCGCUUCGCUGUUGCCAGUGCUGGCCUUAGAAGUGAAAGAUGGGGAGGACGUUUUGGAUCUCUGUGCUGCACCAGGGGGUAAAUCAGUAGCUAUCCUGCAGUGUGCCUAUCCAGGUCAGUUUCACUGUAACGAGUAUGAUGACUUGAGGUCAAGAUGGUUGAAACAGACAAUGGAAUGCUUCAUCCCGGAUCCUUUGAUUAACUUAGUAACGGUCUCUCAACUGGAUGGUAGGCAGAUUGGAGGUCUUAAGCCUGAAUUGUAUGACAAGGUUCUGGUUGAUGCUCCUUGUUCAAAUGACAGAAGUUGGCUAUUCUCUUCUGAUAUUCAGCAAGCUACGCUUAGGCUAAUACAAAGGAAAGAGUUAUCUUCUCUACAGUUCCAGCUGCUAAGGUCUGCUAUUAAAGCAUUGCGUCCUGGUGGAUCUCUGGUCUAUUCUACAUGCACUCUCUCAAAGGCAGAAAACAGCGAUGUGAUAAAUCUCAUUCUAAACUCCUGCAGUAAUGUUAUGCCCAUAGACAUAAGUGAAAUGGCCAAAGCUGUUUCUCAGGAAUUUACUUUUCUCAGUGGUACGCAGAAGCAUGAACUUCUGGUUCUCCCAGAGAAGGGGAGAGCAUGGGGUCCAAUGUAUGUAGCUAAAUUAAAGAAAAUAUAGUCCAUCUGAUGCCUGUUAGGUUUUUAUAAGGGAUAUGUGAUAAAUUAAUAUUUAUUUCUAAUGUAGUAUGUGUAUAUGAACAUGUCCAAAGCAACUGAGUUUAGAGCAUUUGGCUGCUGCCUAAUAAAAAGGAAGCUAGACGCUUAACUUAGUUUAGCUUAAAAUACUGAAUGUGUCGUCUAGUGUGGACUUCUAAUGAAGUCCUUAUGAAGUCAAGGGAGCUUGUAUUAUUUUCAAGGUGAUGCUUUUAAAUGGAUUUCUAUCCUAGAAUAGAGGUCUAAUGUGGUGGGGUUUUGCACUCAUUUUUGGUUUUUUCGUUACUAAUUUGGUGUUAAUGCAGUAUAUUUUAAAAUAAAUGGUUUCAAUGGUCUGAAGUCAUGGAAAUCCUGCAUUCUCUCUCAAACAUGUAUAGAAACCUGUUUCCCUGUAAGACCUGAUUUGUACGCAGAGUUUGUCAUCUUAAGCGCCAACUUUUCUGAGCACUGGCAAAACAGGUUUCAUAUUUGUUAAGUUGUUUGCUGGUUAAAAACUGUCUUUUGUUUACAGUUGCAAAGUUGAGCAGAUAUAUCAACACCAGCUUUUCCUUUUUUUCUAUUUUUAUAUUUUUUGAGCUUACAAAAAUAUAAAUUGAAAGAGUAAAUUACAUUGAAACGUCCUUAAAACAGCAGAUUUAGAUGUGUUUAGCCAGCCAUGUCCAGGGCACACAUUUGAAGCAGAAGCAGCAUGAUUAAUAACUGCAAUGAUAGCACAGUGUUCAGAGAAUUUUGUUACAUAAUUACGGUCACGAUAAGCGAAACAGACAAUCUGGAGAAGUGGCUUAUCCCACCGAGUUAAGAAAUGUUAUGUGAAUUCGCGAUGUCACGUCGGUGGUGUGUAAGGAGAGUCCCAGUGAGAACAUGUGCUGAUGUUGUUUUUAGGUUCCCUCAGUUCUGCUGCACAAUGCUAUGGAUAAAUACAUAGCCGCGUGUGCACACGUUCAUGCGUAUGCACAUGCAAACUGUGUCUAUGUGCUGCCUGUGGAUUAGGUGUACAAACUUCUAAUUCAGCAGUGCUUGAACUAUGCCUAUAAUGGAUCAUGUAACUGUAUAUAUAUGAGGUCGAAUGCUUGUCUUGAAGUAGAGUGGGGCCUUUUCAUCCCUCUCCGAGCAAAGAGUCCUUUCCCUGAUCGAAGCUUAUAAUAAUUUUUUUGAAGGAAUGGUGUUUUCAGGAGCAGAGGGUUUUUUCCGGUAGAUGAGUUGCUUGUGUGGAAAUGUGUGUGAGACUGUGUACAUGUACAUAUUUCAUAUGUUUUAUGUGUACAUCUCUGUGUAUAUAUGUAAUUACAAGUUUUUUGCAAUCACAAGCAUCAUUUGUUAAUGCAGAUUUUUAUUUUUAUUUUUCUGAAUACAAAAAAAUAUCAACUUGUAAAUACCGGAAAACCUACCAAAUUGGUGAUUCUGCACCUCAUUAACAAGGCAGGAAUAAAGUUGAUUGCCUGAGGUCUUCUGGAAGGAACUCCGUGUAACCACGCUGGAAAUGCAGUAGUUCUACAUGAGAUUCUCCAGUGAUUCUGUUGCUGUGAGCUCACAAAUACUUGUUACAACAGUGACUGAACUGCCUUUUGUCCCUGACAAAUUCAGUUGGCUUUUCACUGCCUUUGUUCCCUGCUCACCUUGUUAGACUGAUGAGCCUCAGCUCUGCAUUCACACCAGUUCUCUUAUCAGUACACCCGUGGUCAUGGAGCACUCAGCAUUUGUCCCCACUCUGAGCAUUGUGGCAGCUGGGAAGGUCCUGUUGGU